CUCUCGCUGUCCAUCUUCCAACAGCCGCGCCUCAACACCCUCCACGCUCCCCAGACCUGUUCUAGUCUUGCACAAGCGUGUGUUCCUCACCCUCCUCACCGGUAACCAUGCCCAUUAGUCCCCAGACGCCAUGACCAUCACUCACCCCGGCUCGCUUCAACCCUAGACCCGCAUGGCGGUCUCGCCGCUUCGGUUAUCCAAAGAGAGCCUGCUAACUCUCUUGAGGCAAAAGUCAUGAAUGUCCUUCUCCGGGGUAGUAGAGAGAAUGCCCCGUUGGGUCCUGGCAUGUCUCCGACAUGUGGAGAGAAACUCUAUGCAGAAUCGUUGACCAUUUCCAGACUAGGUGGCCGUCUCUUCAGAGCCGAGUACAUCAACCACCUGCCUCCCUCCUCCUUUGAUCGAACCUCUUUUCCUUUUCUUCUUCCUCGAGUGCUCAUUCUGUUGCUCAGUGUCAGGUGGUUGAAUCCCGCCGGCCUGUAGACAUUUCAGCCAUUUCUUGAACACUUUCAUUCUCUUACCGUCCCGUUGAACGACUUGCCCACCAUGGCCGUUCACGAUGAUAGUUCCAGCGAGACGCCACCCUCCCCGGUCAUCGACAAGGAGAUCACUGCCCAUAUCGAGCAGGUUCAUACGAAUGAGAGGGUGCCAGGUCAUCCUGGCUACUAUGAGAAAGAUGGUCUGCGAACGUAUGGCGAUGAUGAAGAUCAUGACCACGAGCCUCCUAUGACUGCUGGAAGAGCCCUCAGUCUCGUCGCCAUGGCGUUUCUUUGGACGGGCUCUCAGAUUCCAGUGUACAUUCUCGGUGGGAUUCCACCGUACAUCUAUUCCGACAUCGGUGGCGUUGACCGCUGGAUCUGGUUUGUCCUGGCCUACCUGCUGGCUUUGGCAGCCAUGUGUCCCUUUGUCGGCUCCAUAUCCGAUCUUAUUGGGAGACGAUAUGUUGCCCUGGGAGGGUCGGCAUUGCUUGUCAUCGCCAUGAUCAUCUGCGGUACUGCCAAAACCAUGGAGACCUUCAUCGUCGGCAUGACGUUCUCUGGUGUGGGAGCAGGUAUUUGCGAAUUGACAUCCCUGGCUGUCACCGCCGAGCUUGCACCAACUCGCAAACGAGGACAAUAUGUGGCCGUACUGGUCUUCACCAUCGUUCCUUUUUGUCCAUCUGUCCUAUGGGGUCAGUUGAUUGCCGCCCACGCUGGUUGGCGGUACUGCACUCUCUUCUGCGGUCUGUGGGCUUGUGUCGGCUUUCUCGGGACCCUCUUCUUCUAUUUCCCCCCUCCACGACCGAACUCUCGAGGUCUUUCCAGAAAGGAAAUCAUUGCAGAGAUUGACUUCGUCGGUGGUGGACUGUCCAUCUGCGGCAUGAUUCUGUUCCUUGCGGGCCUUCAAUGGGGUGGAUAUCAAUAUCCCUGGAGCUCCGCUCAUGUGCUCGCACCGCUGCUGAUCGGGGCAUUUAUGCUCUUUGUUGCCUUCCCUUUUUGGGAGAUCAAGUACGCCAAAUUCCCCAUGUUCCCGUCGCGAAUGAAGAAGGAAGCUCGGAUUCUCACCUUGACCUUGAUCAUCACCGCCAUCUCCGGUGCCAACUUUUUUUCGGUCAUCAUGUUCUGGCCCACACAGGCUUUCAAUGUUUAUGGACACGACCCGGUCGGCGUGGGGAUUCGAGGCAUCCCUAUCGGUUUCAGUAUCCUCGCUGGAGCAUGCAUUGUCCUGUGGCUCCUAUCAGUUUUCCGCGGCCACAACCGAGAGCUGAUGAUUAUUUCGUCGGUUCUCAUGACCGCAGGCUGUGGGGCACUCGCCGUUGCUCGUCGAGAUAACCUCAACACUCUUUGGGGUUUGCUUGUUCUUGGCGGUCUGGGGAUCGGCGGCAUUGUUGUCCCUGCAUCCAUCAUCACCACCAUCAUCUGUCCCGACGACAUCAUUGCCACUGUCGCGGCCUUGACGUUGUCCAUCAGGGUGAUUGGAGGGUGUAUCGGCUAUACCGUCUAUUACAACGUCUUCAUCAACAAGUUCGUGCCCAAUGCCACCAAAUAUAUCGGCGGCACCAUGGUUGCCGAGCUGGGAAUCACCAAUACCAGCUACAUCGCCGAAGCCAUCGGGUACACGGGAGCCAGUCUGUUGCCACUCUUGAAAACCAUUCCCGGCAUCGCGGGCAAUGAAACGGCUUAUGAAAUGGUCGUCGUUGCCGGUCAGGUCGCCUAUGCCGAAAGUUACAAGUACGUGUACCUGACCAGCAUUGCCUUUGGUUGUAUCAGUAUCCUGGCAAGUGUCUUCUUGGGCAAUAUCGACCAGUAUAUGGAUGACCAUGUCGCCGUGGUUAUGCACUGAAGGGAAGGGAAUGGAACAAUAUGCGGCGGAGGUAGAGGUCCAACAGUACUGAGCAUUGCUAUUGCCGGCCAGGACAUUAUGCCUGAAAUUGUAGGGACGACACUUCAUGUCUCCUUUCCCCAGAGCGGUGGUGCGAGGGCAGAGACAGACGCUGAUUGAAACCCGUAUAUAUUGACUGAGAAGAAACAUGCAAGAUAUUUUCAGGUAGCCUCCAGUGUUCAGGCUUUCCACUCCAUCUGCCUAAGUAUUGUAGGAAAGAAUUAGGAAUGACGGCGGUCAGUAUCGAAGGAGCUGCAGGAGUACUAUUAUUAUUAUUAUUAUUUUUACUGUAGCACUAUGAAGAUACACUGAGCGGUCCGCCUGGCAUCGCC